AUGUCCAAGGCCGAGUCCACGAUUGCCGUUCCUGCGCAGGAUCCGAAGAAAAAGAAGGAUGAGGAGAAGGACAAGGUCGAUGGGCCGUCGAAGGUGAACGGGGAUGCGAAGGAGGGAGAGGAUCUCGUGAGUUCAGAGGAGGAUCUUCAGCUACGGAAUGAGCUGGAGAUGCUCGUGGAGCGGUUGAAGGAAUCCAACACGGAGCUGUACCGCCCAGCCCUCGAGACGCUCCGGACACUGAUCAGAACGUCUACAUCGUCUAUGACCUCCGUGCCGAAACCGCUCAAGUUUCUCCGUCCGCAUUACCCCGAUCUGCAGGCUCUCUUCGAGACAUGGCCGGCUUCGGAAGACAAGAGUCUGUUUGCAGAUAUCCUCUCAUGUCUUGCUAUGACAUACUCCGACACCCAACCCCGCGGGACACUCCGCUACCGCCUCGUAUCCGCUUCCCUCCGACCUCCCUCCUCCCCCCUCUCCGACCCAGGCUCUUGGGGACACGAGUACGUCCGCCACCUUGCCGCAGAGCUCGGGGAGGAGUACACGGCGCGGGAGGAGCGCGGUGAGGAGGAGGCGCAGAAGGAGAGCAAGGUAGUGGGGACGAUUCAGGACCUGCACUCUCUGGGAAUGGAGUGCGCGACGUUCCUCCUGCGCCACAACGCAGAGCCGGAUGCUGUGGACUUGAUGGAGGAGCUGGAGAUUGUUGAGCGGAUAGUGGAGUUGGUGGACGAAAACACAUUUGGGCGUGUAUGCCAGUAUAUGAUUCGGUGUGUAAACUUCCUGCCGCCACCAGACGAUGUCACAUUCCUUCGGACGAUACACAAAAUCUAUAUCAAGCACCAGCGGUUCCCUGAGGCCAUGUCUAUGGCAAUCCGACUUGGCGACCCGGAGCUGAUAAGGGAGGACUUCAAUGCCCCCGGUAACCCAGUGAUGAAGCGGCAGCUGGCUUUCCUAUUAGCACGCGCUCAGGUCCCCUACGAAUGGUUGCAGAAGCCGACAGAUGAGGAUGGCGAUAUUGCUGAAGACGCGGAAGAGGAGGACAUGCCGGAAGACCUUGUCGAGUGCCUGAGCAAUACGCGGCUGAGCGCGCACUUUAAGGAGUUCGGGAAGGAGUUGGGGGUGUUGGAGCCUAAGAGUCUGGAGGACGUGUACAAGUCACACCUGGAGACAACGCGACCCGGUACUACAGCUAACAUCGACUCCGCACGAGCUAAUCUGGCCGGUACCUUCGUCAACGCCUUUGUCAAUGCUGGGUUCGGCAACGAUAAGCUUAUGGUCGAAGCCGAAGAAGGCAGCAGUUGGAUCUACAAGAACAAAGACCAUGGUAUGAUGAGCGCGGCUGCCAGUCUUGGUCUCAGUUUGUUGUGGGAUACCGAUGUCGGAUUGAGUCAUGUCGACAGAUAUACCUAUUCGUCGGAGGAGUAUAUCAAGGCAGGCUCGUUUCUCGCUAUCGGCCUGCUGAGUACUGGUGUCCGAACGGAAGCGGAUGCCCCGUUAGCUUUGCUGGGCGAGCAUGUCGACAACAAGUCUGUUCCCCUGAAGCUGAGUGCGAUUAUGGGUCUUGGUCUCGCGUACUGCGGUUCCCACCGUGAAGACAUCCUCGCCCUUCUGCUGCCUCACGUUGCAGAUGAAGGUGUCUCGAUGGAGAUCGCGUCGCUCUCCGCGUUGGCUCUUGGGUUCAUCUUCGUCGGAAGUGGGAACGGAGAGGUUGCUGGGACGAUAUUGCAGACAUUGAUGGAGAGGGAAGACAAAGCACUCGAUGAGAAGUGGGCGCGGUUCAUGGCUCUGGGCUUAGCUCUCUUAUAUGUCGGUCUGCAGGAUCAAUCAGACGCAACGCUCGAGACUCUGAAAGCCAUUUCCCAUCCGAUCGCGAAGCAGGCGCAAGUUCUGGUUGACGUGUGCUCUUUCGCAGGCACCGGGAACGUGCUUAAGGUUCAGGAGAUGCUGCACCAUUGUGAGGACCACAUCAACACGUCGAAAGGCAAGGAGAAGGAGAAAGAGAAGGAGGACAAUAAGGACGAGAACAAGGAUGAGGCCAAGAAAGAGGAUGCCAAGCUUGAUGACACUUUCCAGGCGUUCGCUGUGCUCGGUAUUGCCCUGGUGGCAAUGGGCGAGGAAACCGGUGCUGAGAUGUCGCUCAGAGUGUUCAAUCAUCUGAUGCACUACGGCGAACCGAUCAUCCGGAAGACAGUGCCUUUGGCCCUUGGUCUUGUCAGCGCCUCGAAUCCCCAGUUAAACAUUCUCGAUACCCUUUCCAAAUACAGCCACGACAACGAUCUUCAAGUAGCUCUCAACGCCAUCUUUGCCAUGGGUCUCAUUGGCGCUGGCACAAACAAUGCCAAGCUCAUGCAGCUACUGCGACAACUUGCCGGUUACUACCAAAAGGAGCCCGAUUGCUUGUUCACCGUGCGCAUUGCCCAAGGUUUGGUUAACAUGGGCAAGGGCACUAUCAGCAUCAAUCCCUUCUUCUGCGAUCGUAAUAUCAUGAGCCGAACAGGGAUUGCUGGUCUGCUUGCGACGUUGAUGGCGUUCACGGAUGCCAAAUCAUUUAUCCUGGAUAAAUACCACUGGAUGCUCUACUUCCUGACGCCAGCUAUGGCACCUCGGUUCCUGAUAACAUUGGACGAAGAAUUGAAUUCCAAGCCAGUUUCUGUCCGGGUUGGUCAGGCUGUCGACGUUGUUGGUCAAGCAGGGAAGCCACGCACGAUUUCAGGAUUCCAGACGCACACCACGCCUGUACGGCUGGGUACGACAGAGCGUGCGGAGCUAGCAACAGAAGAGUAUAUUCCUUACGCGCCUGUGCUUGAAGGGUUCGUGAUUUUGAGGAAAAACCCAGGGUGGGAGACGGAAGACAGAAUGGAAGUAUAAUAGAUUACUCGGUUACCUGCUCUUUAAUGUUAUUCUCUUGCAAUCUCUACCUUGCCUCGACCUCAGAGUCGUCGGAGCUGCCACCU